AUGGAAAACAUUUUCCCGUUGCAAGAAAAUGUUGAGAUAGAGGAGAUCUAUGGAAGCAAAAGGCCCAAUGCAAGUCCUCCGAAGAAUUCCAGAACAUUUGGAAUGAGAAGUGGAGCUUAUGGCUUCAUAGAUACUGAAACAUACCAUGUGAGAUUUCCAAACUGGUUUAAAAAGGGUGAGGUGAGCCCAUUAGAGCAGAAUGGUAUGAGCGAGGUUAUCCAAGCAAUUGGACCUGAGAAAUAUGUACAGAGUCGAGAUUGUAUAAUCAGUAGUUACGAAGAAGGAAAUAGACCGAUGACAGUGGGGAAGGCAUUUACGCUGGUAGAUGUAGAUAUGGGCUUGAUGUUGAAAAUCUUUUCGUUUAUUGAGAGAUGGAGAAUAAUCAAUUAUCGAAGUCUGAUUGAAAAGGAAAUGAGGUGUCUCAAAUCUCAUAAGACCGAGGAUGCCAAACCUAUGGAAACAACCCCAAGGGAAGAGCGUUCCAAGAGAAGGGGAGAUAUAAAAAAGUGUUUGGAGGAAUCAAUUUGUGAUUGUGGAGGGAAGGCAAACUUUUUUACAAGGUCCUUGGUUUUCAGGUGCACCGCAUGUCUUGACAACGGUAAUUAUCCCCAAGAAGUUCUAAGAUCUGAUUUUCUUCCUAUUACCGGGUCUCUAAUUAGGAAUAUGUGGUCGAGGAAGGAGGAGUUUCUUCUAUUGGAAGGCAUUAGAAAGUUUGGGGACGAGUGGGAUUCUGUAAGUCGGUAUGUGCAAACCAAAACAAAGGAGCAGUGCGUAUUUCAUUUUCUUCGAAUCCCUAUAUUAGAGAACACACUCUCGAGGGCGGAUCUUGCUAUUGGGAGACUAUUUGAGACAGCGGAAAACCCGACUAUGUGUAUUGUUACUUUUAUAUGUGGAAUGGUUCACCCAAAGGUUGCAUCUGAAUGUGCAAGGGUAGCUAUCAAGCAUAUAAGCGGAUGUUCUCAGGAAGCUGUCAUUCAGCACAUACUGGAUGCAGGAAAGGAAAAGGCACGCGAGCAAAGGGAUUUAGAGAGAAGAAAAAUAGAGAGGCUCGGGAGUGUGAUAUGUGAAGCAUUACUAAAUAAGAUCAAAAUGAAGAUAGGAACAUAUAAGGAAUUGUAUUUAUCCACUCAAAGGGUGCGCAGCGAGCUGGUUGCACUAAGAAGAGGGCUUGCUGAGGAUAUAAACCCUGGGGGCGACGAAUGA